UCGUAAACUUUACGUGAUUUAUUUCUUUGAUUAAACAUGGAAAACGAGUUUCAUGACAUUGACGACAUUCCUUUGAGGGUAGAAAUUCAGCCGUAUAUGUUCGAACCGCCAGCGAGAGCCGAACCUACGGAAAAUUCGGAAGAGAACAGCGAAACAAGUACUUCCAAUGGCGAUGAUGAAAGUCGACUUUUAAACACUAUAUGGUGUGAAUGUGGACUCUGCGAGACAAUGACCACUGUACCAGAAUGCAUCUGUUGUGCAGAAAUUCCCCUCAUAGAUGAGAUCAGAGCAAGUAGUCAAAUUGAGUGCAUCACACAACACCAGACCUUCAUUGACAACUGUCUGAAUAUCCGUGUGUUAGAAGUCAGCAUGUACAUGUACAUCCAGUCUGAGGGUCCACUUGAUGACAAUGAGCCAAUUAAUGAGGUUUAUAGACACAUUGCCUACAGACGCUUUGUUCUCUGGAUCUGGCAUCGCCUGGGAAGAGGAAACCGCAAAAUUAUCCCAGCCUGUGUUGUAACCAAAAUCCGCAGUGUCUUUCCCUCUGAGCAGUACACUGGCUUUCGGUAUCCCCGACCAACUUGA